AUGGCGAAAUCAAAAAACAAACAUCCGAAAGGGCAACAACAAGGAUCAGGAGACUCCAAGAAACGGAAGAUGCAACAGUUCCAGCGAGUGUCAAUGUCAUAUCAGCCCGGCGCUUCUUCAAAGGCAACAGAUCCAUCAGGGAAGAAGAGGAAGUUGGCCGAUACAACGGCCAUUGAUAGCCCACAACAAGCGUGGAAGAACAAGAAAAGCGCGAAGAGCGACUUUUCAUUUGCGCGCUCAUUGUACGAGCACCAUCGCUGUAAGAAUGUGUUCGCUACCUGCUAUGACUCCGAGGAGACAUUGUUGAGUAAAUAUCACGGCCAUGCAGAGGAGAAUAUCAAGCAAUUUCUCGACAGACCUGACAACCAGGGCAGUGAAGAUGAUGUCAACAACAACAACAACGAAGAUGAGAACGAUACUACUACUACGAAAAAGUCUAUCAAACCGCCAACUCGGGAAGUGAUGUACUCCGUCGACGCCAGAAAGUUAGGAAGUAAUACCGGCGGCGGAAAAGAUAUACGAAAAGGCAUUCUUCUGAAACGGAGAAAGAGUCAACCUUAUCAUCGAAACGGUGGUCAGCAAAAUCAGGAAAGCGACGCCGGCGGGCCAUGGGAUAUCAUAUCCUUCAAUUUCCCGCAUGUAGGUGGUCUAUCGACAGAUGUCAAUCGACAAGUACGCGCAAAUCAGGAACUGCUUGUGGCUUUUUUCAAAGCGUGUGUUCCCCUGUUAUCGAAAACGCCUAGAAAAGAAGACGAUCAGAAUGCAGAGGAUGAUUACGAGGAUUACUACUCGGAUGAUGAAACGUCUGAAUCCGAGUCCGAAGAAGACGAGGGCAAUCAAGAUAAAAAAAGGACGAUACCAAGGCAAUCAGGCCAAAUCAUCGUCACCAUCUUCGAAGGCGAGCCGUAUACACUCUGGAACAUCAAGGAUCUUGCCCGGCAUGCGGGACUGGUGGUCGUGACUAGUUUCAACUUUCCCUGGAAAUCGUAUCCGGGGUAUUCGCAUGCGCGGACUUUGGGGAUUGUGGAGAGUCGAGGUAAUAAAAACGGGAAUGAAGAUGCGGAGACGAGAAGAGGAUGGAAAGGGGAGGAUAGAGAAGCGAGGAGUUUUGUUUUUGAGGUCAAGGGUAAAUCUGGUGGGCAUUGGAGACAGGGACAGCAGAAGAUGAAUAACGAGGAUGGUGGAAAAGGGAAUAAGAGAGGAAGGAAAGACGAUUCGAGUGAUGAGGACUAA